CUCAGGGGCCUAUAUGAACAGUAGAUCUAAUAGAGCUCCCUUUUCAAUAAAACACUCACAGCCUGCACUUAGUUUUCAAUUGCAAAAUGGAAUGCGACAAACUAAUGUUUGGCUUCUUCGUUUUACUGGUUACAGCCAUCUCUGUUGCGCCAGAGGAGCAACAAAUUAGCUGUGACAAAUAUUCGUCCUUAAUGAGAAAUGUAACGAGAAACGUAGAAUCAAGAGAGAAGUACGACAGAAAUCUGGAACGUCUCGGCUUCGUGACACCUCAUAAUGUUUUUGGCGUUCGCGUUUGCAAUCAGUGUUACGGUCCAGCACCGCAACUUGCGAUGUUACACACAGUCGGGGCGCAGACUUUCAAAAAAAGAUUCAAUAUGACGGGCAAGGACUACGAAUCGAUUGCUGUUCGAUGUAAAAGCACUUCCAAUCAAUAUGCAAAAGCAUUUACUUCCUUAUUCAAAAAUGGUCUUGGUCGUGCGACGAUGCCUAAAUAUCGUUCCAUUGAUGGUCGACAUAAUAACGCAAAAAAUCCUUAUUGGGGUGCAUCGGGGACUCCAUUUAGCCGAUACGGUCCAAAGAAUUAUCAAGAUGGAAUUUAUUCAAUUAGGAAAAGUGUGACUGGCUCAGACUUGCCAAAUGCACGUUUGCUUGUCGAAGGAGUUUUGAAUAAGGCAGUUCGAUCACCCACUCCAGAAUUAGCAUACAACGUACUUGGCUUACUAAUUAUUUUAUUUGCCACUCACGAUCUACACUAUCAAAUACCAAUGCAACCAAAAAAUGUGAAUGAAGAAAUACUGUGCUGCACUCAAGACAGACAUGCCGUCUUGCCUUCCAAUUUAACGAAUUCAGUAUGCCUGCCUAUUGAAGUAUCGAAAAACGACUCAUCUUAUAAAAAUGAAAAAAUUGGAUGCCUGAAUAUGGUUCGUUCCCAGAUCGGUGAAUUUCCUGAUGUUGUUCAGGCUGGUGAAAUUGUUAAUCAGGCAACGGCAUAUUUGGAUUUGUCUCUAAUUUAUGGAAAUGAUGAAUCAGAGUUGAAACGAAUCAGACUUUUUAAAAGUGGCAAAUUUCGAAUGGGAAAGAACAAUCUAGUGGCGGUUGAUUCAAACGGAAAAUAUUUAAAAUCCAUGGAACGAUUCACUACCAUACCAAUCGCUUCCAUCUGGCCAACACUAUUCACUCGCAAUCACAAUCAUCUCGCUGAACGAUUAGCAGCCCUAAAUUCUCAUUGGGAUGAUGAAAUCAUAUUCCAGGAAGCACGUCGCAUCAAUAUUGCAAAUUUUCAGUACAAUUUGAUCGCAGCAAAAUCGAUCGAAAGAGUUUUUAAAAAAGCGGUCAACGAAAGUUAUUCUGAGUUAAGGAACGCCGGUACGUUUAUCGAAUUCACGUUUACCUAUCGUGGCGCUCAUUAUUAUGUUCCGUCGACCAUGCAGUUUCGCGAUGAGAACUACACGCUAACGAAUGAGGUUCUUCAAUCCGAUACGAUUGGAAAAAUUGAGCUGCUUGAAAAUAAUUUUGAUGAUGCGUUGCGAGGUGUGGCUAAUGAACCUGUGAACAUGAAAUCAUAUAGCGAUGAAAUUAUCAACAGAAUUGGAAAGAACGGAAAGAAUGGCUACGGGACCGAUCUCAUUGCGUUGGAUAUUCAACGUGGUCGAGACCAUGGUAUCGCUUCGUUCGUACAAAUACGCAGAAAGUGCAAAUUAACGCCGGAGAUCAAUAGCUUUGACGAUUUCAACUUAAUUUUUAACAAAACAAAUGUCGAUUUGCUGAAAUCAUUUUACAGUUCCUAUGACGACGUCGAUUUUUAUGUGGGCGGAUUAUUAGAAGCCUUCGAAAGUGUUGGGAAUCCGUUUGCAGGUCCAACAUUCGGGUGUGUCAUUGGGGAUAACUAUAAAAAUGCCAUGGGAGGCGAUAUUUACUUCUACUCGCAUCCCGAAAGUCCAUAUCCAAUGACGAAAGCACAAAUUGACGCUGUUGGCAAAUACUCAGUGUCGAAUCUCUUUUGUGUUAAUUCUGGACUAAAUGAAACGAACAAACUGUGGUCGUAUGCACCUCAUGCAGUGAAUCCGAAAAUCGAUUGUAAACAUUUUCCACCAAUGGAUUUAUCAGCAUGGAAAGAAUGACUUCACAUGGAUUAGGAAUAGUUAAAUAAAUUGUUAGGCACAUGGGACCGUGCGAGAUUUUCUGUUUAUUU